AAAAUGUUUUAUCUUUACUUGAUUUGUUCUAGAUGUCCAACACUACUGAAAUUCCAACGACUUGUUCAAUUUGCCGUAGAAAUGCUAAAGGAUACCACUAUGACGUUAUAUCCUGCAAAGGAUGUAAAACAUUUUUUCGGAGAAUGAGUUUGAUAAACUUUCAAGGAAAAUGUGAUUUGAACAAUCAAUGCUUUGAUUUGACAAAAGCAAAUGAGCCUUAUUUGCGAUGUAGAGCCUGUCGUUAUCGAAAGUGCCUGGAUGUUGGUAUGAACCAAAAAGCUAUUCAAAUACCUGAAAGGAAUCAAACGUUUGGCGUUAUAGAAACCAUGACAAAAAAUACAAUUGAUGCUUUAGUUUAUCUAGAAGAGAAGCUCGAAAAGUUUAGAUUGUCCGCAGACAAUCCUCAUUGGCAAGCGGUCAGUGAUUUAGAACUGUAUCUUAACAAUGGAAGUAAUCUUGGUUUAGCGGAUAAAUUCGGGCCAACCUUCGAAAAUUCCGUUCACGAAUCUUUCGAACCAAAAAACUCAUUGCCAUCAAGUCUGAAAGCAGUUCAAAACAAUAAAUUAAAUCAUUGCCCAACGAAAAAAAUCUGGACUCUUUGUAACCUCCUCACAACUGUAGAAUAUCUCAAGACGUUCAAUUAUUUCAAGGAUCUCUCUGCUUUAGACAAACUCAUUCUUGCUCGACAUGUUAUAUUGAUUGGGAAAAACCUGCAUAUAUCAAACUACUCGUUUUCAAAAAAAUUUACGGGUUGUUUGAACAUAGAAACCGACGCCCAAAGAGAGCGUCAUUAUCCAGUGGCAUUUAUGUUAAUGGCACCACUUAUUCGAUCACAAAUUCAACCUAUAGAGUACAUUCUUCUCAAGGCUAUUUGCUGCUGUAAUCCAGCCGUUCCAAAUUUGUCUCAAAAAGCCCAAAGUACAUUAGCCAGAGAACGUGGGCAGUUUGUGAGCAUACUUUUUGAUUAUUGCCAACGAUCUGGAAAAAAUGGACCAGGACGUUUUGCAGAACUCAUCGGAAUAUUUUCAGUUAUGGAGAAACAACAAAGAAUGCAAAAAGACAUGUAUAUGCUUUACUUUGCGCCUCAUUUAACACCCGACGUAAAGAUUCAAAUUAAAUUUCUUCAUGACAUUAUGGACUCGUAGUACUAUUUGAACAACAUUUUGAAUAAAUUAUAGAGCAUAUAU